AUGGUGCCUGCAAUGUUCAUAUUUGGAGACUCUCUGAUUGACAAUGGCAACAACAACAACCUCCCUUCAUUUGCCAAAGCCAACUAUCCGCCCUAUGGAAUCGAUUUCAGUGGCGGACCAACUGGUCGGUUUAGCAAUGGUUAUACCAUGGUUGAUGAAAUAGCUGAAUUGCUAGGACUUCCCUUAAUUCCUGCUUUCUCUGAAGCUACUGGAGAUCAAGUCCUUCAUGGUGUUAAUUAUGCAUCUGCAGCCGCUGGAAUCCUUGAUAUCACUGGCAGAAACUUCGUUGGUCGCAUUCCUUUUGGUCAACAAAUAAAGAACUUCCAGACUACACUUGAUCAGAUAACAGAGAACCUGGGCGCAGAUGAUGUUGCCCGGGCCAUUGGGAAGUGCAUAUUCUUUGUUGGAAUGGGCAGCAAUGACUACCUAAACAAUUACCUUAUGCCCAACUAUGACACCAAGAAUCAAUACAAUGCUCAACAAUUUGCUGAUCUCUUGGCUCAGCAAUACACUCAUCAUCUCACUAGGCUCUACAAUCUUGGUGCUCGAAAAUUUGUUAUUGCUGGAGUUGGGAGGAUGGGUUGCAUACCAAGUAUCUUAGCCCAAAGUCCAAAUGGAAGCUGCUCAGAGGAUGUUAAUCUCCUUGUUUUACCCUUCAACGCAAAUGUGAAGGCAAUGAUCAACAAUCUUAAUACCAACUUACCUGGUUCAAAGUUCAUUUACAUUGACAUUGCUCAAAUGUUUGAAGAUAUCGUCACCAAUGCUAGAGUUUAUGGAUUAAGUGUUGCGAAUCGUGGAUGCUGUGGUAUUGGGCGUAAUAGAGGGCAAAUAACAUGUCUUCCAAUGCAAACACCUUGCCCAAAUCGUGACCAGUACGUGUUCUGGGAUGCAUUUCACCCAACCGCAGCUGUGAACAUCAUAAUAGGCAGGAAAGCUUUCAGUGGAGACUUUAGCCAGGUUUAUCCCAUGAACAUUCAGCAGCUUUCCACUCUUAACAUUGAAACCAAUUAA